UCCAAUUACUUCCUGCCGAAUUCUAUUACUUAUAUGUAGCUCUAAAGAUGACUCUUAACAAGUUUUUAUUAUUUUGUGGUACAUUCAUGGUACAAUCUUAUCAUGCUAUGUGUUGCACUAAUAAUACAGACUGCCCUAAUCCAACGACAGGCAUGGCAGCUUCCAUCUUCAAUGAUGCAUUAAACUUUUUUCAAAAAGAUGAAUGCAACAUUAACAAUGAUGUUAAUCCCAAAUCAGAUGUAAAUGAUCAAGAUGAAUUUGAUUUUAUAAUUGUUGGUGCUGGAACAGCUGGGUGUGUUGUAGCAAGACGUCUUGUAGACCAAAAUUAUAACGUAUUGCUCCUUGAAGCUGGACCAGAGCCACCCGUAGAAGCAAAGAUUCCUAAUUUGGAUAAAUCCAUGUAUAUGACAAAAUAUGAUUGGCAGUAUUACACUGUUGACAAUGGCCUAACAAGUCAAGCACUAGUAGGUGGAAGUACUUACUGGCCACGUGGAAAAAUGCUUGGUGGCAGCCAUCAAAUAAACUUGAUGUUUUAUUACAAGGGAGUAGCACAUGACUAUGAAUCUUGGGAAGAUCUUGGUAACAGCAAUUGGAGUGAAGAAAUUAUCAAUAAGUUUUUUAAAAAAGCAGAGAGCUUACAGAGUGAAAAACUAUUAAAUAAUGAUGAAAUAAAAAAUAGUUAUGGCCUUGAUGGUCUUCAAGUCAUAAAUACAGUAAAUUUUACAUACAGUAAUAUUAUUGACAAAAUACUCGAGUCAUAUCAAGAAAUGGGAAUAGAAAAUAAAGAAGACUUAAAUACUGCAAAUUUAAGCGGUUCGGGUAGAGGUACAGUGACUGCUGCAAAUGGAAUAAGAACAACUACAUACGCCAUGUAUGUGGAGCCAAUAAUAUCAAGACAAAAUUUGAAAGUGAUAAAUCAAGCAUACGUGACAAAGAUAUUAAUUGAUGAUGAUUUGAAAGCUUAUGGUGUUGAAGUUGAUAUUGAUGGAAAAAAUAUGACUUUUAAUGCUAAAUUUGAAGUUAUUUUAAGUGCAGGUGCAAUAAAUACACCACAUUUGCUAAUGCUUUCAGGUGUAGGUGACAAAAAACAUUUAGAGUCAAAUAAUAUUGAAUGUAAAGUCCACCUGCCAGCAGUCGGUCAAAACUUACAGGACCAUGCGGCGGUUUCGAUCCCUAUUAUGCUGGAUCCACAAAACUCCACAUCAGAAAGAGACGCUAACUUUGAUGUCAUUAAAUACUUAUACAACCGUACUGGAUACCUAGCACAGUUAAGCGUUACAGAUAUAAGUGCGUUUUAUUCAAAAACUCAAAAUCUCUCGUACCCAGAAUUUCAAAACUUGCUUGCUAUAUUUAACACUCCAUCGGAACUUGAAAUGUUUCUCAGCGUUUUAAAAUAUAAAGAAAGGGUGAUAAAUUCAUUAAAACAGCAGGCUCAAAAUCAUUCAACUUACGUAUUUGAAGUAGCUUUACUUCAUCCUCUGUCCCGCGGAUCAAUCGUAUUAAAUUCUUCAAAUCCUUAUGAGUACCCUUUUAUCGACUCUAAUUAUUUUGGAGAAUUGAAAGAUUUGGAGCUAAUUACUGAAGGGAUUCAAAUAUUAACCAAAAUAAUAGAUACGGACUAUUUCAAGUCUAAUAAUGCAUUUAUACCAAGGUUGGAAUGGCCUGAUUGUGAUCAAUUUGAAUUAAAUAGUGGAGAUUAUUGGAAAUGUGUAGCAAAGAAUACAGUUACUACAUUAUAUCAUCCUGCUGGUACUGCAAGUAUGGGCCCCGACCCAAAACAAUUUGUGGUUGAUGAUCGACUACGAGUUCAUCUUAUGAAAAACUUAAGAAUAAUAGAUGCAAGUAUAAUACCAAAUAUCACCAGCUGUAAUAUAAAUGGACCCACUUUAAUGAUUGCUGAAAGAGGCUCUGCUCUGGUAAUAGAAGAUCACUCAUAAUAUCAGAAUAGAUGAUUUUUUUCAUACAAAACAAAUCUUAUCAAUUACAUUUACAAUACAAUGAAUAAUAUAAUAAUUGAAUAUAUUAAAUUAAAACUACUAGCCACCAGAGUCAUUGCGGCAGGAAAUAUAUGUUAUGAAUAUAUUAAAA